CUUAAAGCGCCCGGAGCUGGUUAGGCAGCCCUGAAAAGCGUUGAACAACUUUAUUUAAUUGCAUGAUAGUUAAUUAAUAAACCCCCAUUCUAGGGUGGUUGUUGGGUUUGGGAUAGUGAUAUGUGAAGUUUUUCUCUAAUUAGUUUAUCAGAGAAACCUGCGUAAAAGUCGCCAAGACGCAACUUCUGCACUUGUAGCACAUUAUCUACAAGAUCAUGGGCCUGACCUGGCUUCAGUCUCACCUGUCCUGUUCGAACACCACCAUCAUCUCCUGCGUCCCAUAUCAACACGGUGAAGUGUGCUGAACGGGGCUGACAUUCCUGAGCCAUGCUUUCAGGUUCAUGGCGACGCUCCGUGGGGCAUCAUCAGCCUGCCGCCUCUCCUGUGACGACCUCUAGGGGGUUGACAGUAUGUGGUGUCCCCACUGGUACGGUAGUGCUCGAGGCCCAGUAUGACUACAACUACCGUGGCGCUGAUGGACAACAGGUGUCCAUAAGGGAAGGGGAGAGAUUCAUUCUCUUGAAGAAAACCAACAGUGAUUGGUGGCAGGUGAGGAGAAUUGGAGCAGCCAGCAAAACAAAGCCAUUGUAUGUUCCUGCUACAUAUGUGACAGAGGUUCCUGUCACGCCCAUGCCAUCACCGCAGCGCCUGGUCAUGUCUACUUCUCUCAACUCCAACUUCAGGGUUCUCCCUAAGGUGUCCCUCAGCUCCAGCCCUUCACAAACCUAUAAUGAACAGCAUCAAGUUUGCAAACCCAUCUCCCACUCCAUGGAAAAUCUUAACUCCCAUAGUGCCUUCCAGGGGUUGAACAACAACAACAUCAUCAAUGACAGUCUCCUGCUGUCCAGAUUCUCUCUUCCCUACAAACAUCCGUCCUCCCUGUCAGGACACCUGACGGUCCCAGGGUCGUUCACAAACUCCACGACUCAGUCGGCAACAGCAAAACCCAGGGUGGUCCCCAUGAUCACACGCAGCCAGAGUUCCAGUAACCUCUCUGAAAACCUGGUAGAGAACCCCUACGAUGAGGUCAGCGGUGGCUUCAGCAGUCACACCAGCCACAGAGUCCCAAAGAAGUCCUGCAGCCAGUGGGACAUGGUCAGGGCUUCUGACCGGAACAACCGUCUGCAGGUCCCUACAGAGUCCUAUCUGUCCCAGCUGUCCUGGCAACAUUCACCCCUGUACACUGAAAGCACGCAGACGGGGAGGCAGUUCCCACCACCCUGCCCUGCCCCUGGUCAACAGCCCAUUCAGGAGUCAGGCCAAAACCGGCCCGCUAGCUUACUAUAG